AAAUGUAAACAAAUGUCAGAAAGCUUUUAAAUUGGUUUUAAAUGUAAAAUCAAAAUACUAUCGACCGAAAAUCAAUAAUGUUUAAAGGGAAUAUUUAACACAUUUCUUACUGUGGUGAAAUAGACAUGUACACAUGUAUAUAUAUUUGGAUUAAAGUGUGGUCUGACUGAUCACAAUGCCGACGGCAGCAUUGAAAGAGCUGAUAAAGCAGACGCUUGACUCAAUCCCUUGGCAGACAAAACUACAGCCGACACUUCCGGCUGAGCGCGUGCCAUAUGUUCUGCACGAGCCCGCAAUUUUGUCAGGCUACAGAGUGCUGGACAAAGAUUGGAAAUAUUAUUUCUUCAGUCUAUUUCAGCUUCACAAUGAAACAAUCAACGUCUGGUCACAUCUCAUUGGCUGCAUUAUUAUUUCACUCAAGCUGUACGGAUACUUCGGCGAAUUCGAUAUCGAAAAGGAUGACGUGAUGAGCACGUUACUGAUGUUCGGUAUCUCGUGCUUAAUUGGACUGUUUACAAGUGCCAGUGUUCAUUUAGUUCAUUCUAAGUCGCCUUUCGUUCACUUUGUUGCAUUCAUGGUCGACUAUAUUGGAGCUACAAUUCUCAGCUUCGGUUCGGGGAUUGCAGGAAUAUAUGGUCUAUCUGAGGCUCGAACCUACAACUAUUUAAUGCCACUAUACAUUCCGGUUGUCUUUAUCUCGUCAUAUCUCAAUUUUGUGAACUUGUGCAUGGCUAAGAUCUGGUUUGGACAUGACCCACAUAAUUUGAACCGGAAGUAUAUGUUUAUUAUUGGAAUGGGAAUACAAGCUCUUAUCAACAUGGCGCCAUUUGCGACACGUUACGAAACGUGCUUUGAUGAUGAAAGUUGUUCAAUGUCUUCCCUUAAUCAUCUGACUUUAAUACAGAUAGUAUUCAUUUUGGAGGCGAUAGCUUUUGCCGCCCAUCAGCCAGAGAAAACUUGGCCCGGGAAAUUCGAUAUAGUUGGGCACGGACAUCAAAUCUUCCACGUACUAAUAAUUUGUAACCACGUGUUCCAGUUGGACGCAGUUUACGCUGACCACAAGAAUGAUCUUUUGGCCCACAGUAAACCGAACUGCCUACACAUCUUUGUAAUAAUGGUUGCUCUCUAUGUACUUGAAGGCAUUACUUUAUAUUUCAUAGCAAAACUCGUACCAAAAUGUCUGGAGAGAGUAAAAGAGUCCCAGACGCAUAAGGAAGACUGAUUCGGCAUUUAGUGACGUGGUGCAGCUAUUACCACAUUGCCAAUCAUAUGCUUUAGUGAACAGUUGAUAUGAAUAUUUAAACACAAGAUAUGGGCAUAAGUCGAAGAAUGGCUGUAAGAAAUACUAAGAAAACAAAAGCACUUGUUAGGCAACAAAAACAGACUGAUGAUCACCGUAUUUAUGUUGGACCUUUUGUUGUAUUUACUUCUUUAUUCAUAAUUUUAAAUUUGUUGACAUUUAUAGCACUGUUUUUGCGGGGAA